AGUUCAAGAUUCGUGGAGAUCCCAUCCGUCCGAUUGUAAGACCGCCUGAUCUGACCGUCCACGUCGUCAAAUAUGUGAGGGAAUAGUCCCGGUAGGAUUGGCACCCGCUUCGCUUUAUAGUAUGCCAAGCUACGAUGUGCAUAAGCAGCGGUUUAGAGAGAGAGAGUGUGAGAGAAAGGGGUGAUUUUGGACCGUAGAGGUCGAAUCGGAGCGCUAUGAGCGGCCCAUUGAUGAGGGACUACGAGAUCGGGGAGGAGAUCGGGCGGGGGCGGUUUGGGGUGGUGCGGCGGUGCAGAUCGGCGGCCACGGGGGAAGAGUUCGCCCUGAAGUCGAUCGAGAAGUGCCUCCUCGCCGACGCCGUCGACCGCGAGUGCGCGGAACGGGAGCCCAAGGUCCACCACCUCGCCGCCUCCGGCAACCCUCACGCGGUGCAGAUCCACGCCGCCUACGAGGACGAGGCGUGGGUGCACCUCGUGGUGGAGCUCCUCGAUGGACCAGACCUCUGCGACCGGAUCGCCGCCCGAGGGGGGACGCCUUUCGCGGAGCCGGAGGCGGCGGCGUUGGUGGCCUCGCUGGCUGAGGCCGUGGCGGCGUGCCACCGGGGAGGGGUGGCGCACCGGGACGUGAAGCCGGACAACGUGCUCUUCGACGCGAGGGGCCGGCUCAAGCUGGCCGACUUCGGGUCGGCGGAGUGCUUCGUGGGCGACGGCGGGGACCGGGUGCCGAUGAAGGGCAUCGUGGGGACGCCGUGGUACGUCGCACCGGAGGUGGUGGCUGGCAAGGCCUACGGGGAGAAGGUGGACGUUUGGAGCUUGGGGGUGGUGAUGUACAUGUUGCUGGCAGGGGGGUUGCCGCCCUUCUACGGAGAGACAGCGGCGGAGACCUUCGAGGCGGUGUCGAGGGCCAAUCUGCGGUUCCCGCCGAGGGUCUUCCGUUCGGUGUCUCCGGCAGCGAAAGACCUGCUGCGGCGGAUGCUCUGCAAGGACGUCUCCAGAAGGUUCUCCGCCGAUCAAGUCCUCAGGCAUCCAUGGAUUACAAAUGGAGGAAUGAGUCCAGCAGAAGGAGCAACCCGAGACGCAUCGCUCUCCGCCGAUAGGCACGACGGUACUCUUUUGGCCUGCGUCGCUUGUGACUGAGUCCGUGGAGGUCGCCAUUUUGCGUGAGGUGCGGUGGAUCUUCUCCACCAGAGUGUACAUAGUAAUGUAAAAGCUUCAGUCACCGUCCCUUUUCUCAUGUAUAAAGCGGAGCUUUUGCCUUGCAUUCCAAGACAGGGGAUUCGAUAGGUGCACUCUCUUAUUCUCUUCCAGAAGGCGAAGGUGAGCUGCCGGCAAACUCCACUAACCAUUCCUUCUUCACCUCGGCCUGGUUUGGCAGGUGCCUUCAAAACCAGAUGCUGCAUGGAGGUGUUUUGAGCCUUGGCAUGCACUUGGACACCUGUGGUCUGUAUGCCACUGGGAAAAGCUUGCCCCUGACCAUGGACGCUUGAUUGCUGUGGUUCACUGUUCAAGGAGCUGCCCUUGCUUGGCACUUGUGAGUACCUGCCAUGGCAUGUUGCUUUGAUACCUAUUUGCUCUCGAUGAUACUUUAACUGAUCCCCAGUCAUAUCA